AUGGCUGUUACGAUUACGGGAUUUGAGGUCAAGGACAUCAGGUUCCCCACCAGCCUGACUGGCGCUGGGACCGAUGCGAUGAACGUAGACUGCGACUACUCCGCGGCCUACGUCGCCCUUCACACCUCCUCCUCCCUAAGCGGGUACGGGAUGACCUUCACCAUCGGGCGCGGGACAGAAGUCGUGUGCCAAGCGAUCGAGCUUGUUGUCCAGCGCGUCCUGGGCAAGGAGGUGGAAGAGCUGUUCGCGGAUAUGGGCAAGACGUGGACAAUGUUGAUCGGGGAUUCGCAGUUGCGCUGGAUUGGUCCGGAAAAAGGGGUGAUACAUAUUGCUACUGCCGCAGUGGAUAACGCGCUCUGGGACAUGUAUGCCCGUUCGCGCCAUAAACCGCUCUGGAAGCUCGUUGCGGAUUUCACACCUGAGGAGUUCGUGAGAAGCACGGCAUUCAGGUACAUCACCGAUGUCCUUACUCCUGAGGAGGCGCUCCAGAUGCUCAAAUCUAAAGAAGCUGGGAAGAAGGACCGGGAGAAGCUUGUGCGUGACAUCGGAUAUCCAGCGUACAUCACCUCUGCCGGAUGGUUGAUGUACGAUGAUGAGCAGGUUGCGAGGCUGACGAAGGAGGCGAUUGGGCGCGGUUUCAACCACUUCAAGAUGAAGGUCGGAGCAGACUUCUCAAACGACUUGCGCCGUGCCAAACUCAUCCGCUCCAUCAUCGACGACCCUGCCAACCUCGCGCCAGGCAAGCAGAUCGAUCCUGCCAGCAUCGCUGGGAAGAACGCAGGGCCUACAGGGAGUGUGCUCAUGAUGGACGCGAACCAGGUCUGGGACGUACAGGAAGCGAUCGACUACGUCACCAAGCUGGCGGAGACGAAACCGUGGUUUAUCGAGGAGCCUACAGCACCGGAUGAUAUCCUGGGUCAUGCGGCCAUUAGGAGGACUCUCAAGCCGCUCGGCAUCGGGGUAGCAACAGGGGAGCAUGCGCAUAACCGAAUGGUAUUCAAACAGCUCUUGCAGGCGGAAGCGAUCGACGUGUGCCAGAUCGAUAGCUGCAGGCUAGCCGGGGUCACGGAGAUCUUGGGUGUACUGCUAAUGGCAGCCAAGUUCGGUAUCAUCGUCUGUCCCCACGCGGGAGGAGUUGGCCUAUGCGAGCAUGCUCUGCACCUCUCGCUCAUCGAUUACCUCUGCGUGUCGGGCACGAUGGAGCGCAAUGUGCUCGAAUACGCGGAUCAUCUGCACCAGCACUUCAUCAACCCCGUCACGCUCAACAGUAAUGGGAGGUACAAUGUACCGAAUGAUCCAGAGGCAGGUUAUAGCACACACAUGAAGGAUGCUUCUUUUGAAGAAUUCGGGUUUCCUAAUGGUGCGUACUGGAGGAGCGUCGCUGAGGGUAAUCCUAAGGAAGUCGAAUUGUAA